GUGGGGACAUUCAUACAUUUUAAAAGUGUUCAAGUUCAUAUCCAUAUAACCGGUAGCCGUAAGGUUUCCUAUUAAAUGAGGAUCACACAUCCACCUAAUAACGAAUACGAUAGCUACACACAAAUAAUUCAGCAUGACCUCUACGUUCAAUGAGAAUGGCCUAGCUCGGAAUGUGACUCUACUUACUUUUCUAAGUAUGGGCCUAGCGUAUUACCCUACUGCGCUGAUAGCCAUGGCGGUACUGACUAUCAGUUGGUACGUCUGGGACAAGUAUUUUGUGCUCCCAUCAUACGGAAGGCGAUCAUCCAAUAUAGUUUUGGACAUGGCAUCUUUGGAAAACGUUGGUCGCCACUUAGACCGUUUUUCCAAAGAUAUGAGUGUCAAGGGCACCUGGAAGAUACGACCGCAUACCACCCAUAGGAUUUCCAUCAGAGACGGCGUCACUAUUCUCUACCAUGUGCUGGCACCAAACGACCCGAAAUUACGCAACAAGAAGGUGAUGCUGUUCUGCUCUGGGUUAGGCGUUCAUGGUUUCCAUGCCUUCACUCCGUUGAUACACUUUUACGGCCCGGAAUGGACCUACAUAGCCUGGGACUAUCGAGGAUUGUUCGGCUCAUCCGUGCCUGAGAACCCCAGACAUCUGGCCAUCCACGAACACUCCAAGGACGCCAAGGAGAUACUGCAACAUAUGGGCAUUGGCAAAGUGGACGUCUGUGUGGCCCAUAGUAUGGGUGUGCAGGUGGCUCUCGAGUUUGCUCUGUUAUAUCCAGAGGUGCCGCGCAGUCUGGUAAUGAUCAAUGGUACACACGGCAAAGCAUUCCACACGGGAGGACAGCCGUUCUUCCGACUACCACUGAUGGGCGAUAUAGUGUACCAUCUCAUGACCUUUUGGGUGCAACGCCCACACUAUAUUGAGAUGUACAUCAAGCAGAUUCGGUACAUCGCCCUGUCCCUGGCCCGCAUCUACGGCUAUCUCUUCGGCAACAAGUAUCUCAAGGAGAUCAUGGGCAGCCACUACAUGGAGGACUUUGUGCAGUGUUAUCUGUACGAUGCCAAUGCGGGCACUAUUCAGGCAUUCUUCCGGACGUUCUUGGAGCUGGACGCUCAUAGUGUGUACCAUCUCCUGAGUGAGGUCAAGCAGCCUACACUGGUAAUCUCAGGGCUGUUGGAUGUGAUGAUCCCGGCGUAUUGUGGGUCAGAAAUGGCAGCGCAGAUCCCCACUAGCAAGUUUGUAUUGGAUUGGUGGUCGGCGCAUCUCACAUUGUUGGAGAACCCGUGGCUGGUAGUGGCUAGCACAGCUAAGUUCUUAGACCAACACAACAUCGCACACGAGACGAGGCGACUAUCCAACCACGAUUUAUAACCAGAGACGCUUGAGCCGGUAGAUACCCUGUACUCUAACGAGUCAUGAAAGCCGUAGGUGAUGUGCAAACGUAUAUGCUGUCGUGUGCGUUGAGUACCGAGUGCACGUUUCAUACGUCUAAGGAAGGAAGGUGUACGGAUGCAACACCUUCCUGCGUGGGAUGUUCGCGGUAAACCCCAAAAGAAAGUAUUCGGCUCAUUUGUACUACUGACUUAAAGUCUUGGACCGAUUCGCUGUACUUGACUUAUGUAUCAGCUUCCUGUGUCGGAUAUUCACGGCAAUACAGAAGUAUGCGACACGUUUUUACGACCAUCUGGGUCAGACUGGAUGGGCCCGUUUAUUCGUCGUAUAGCACUGUCCAAUGACGAUGUGUAUACAAACCUCCAUGUGGUACAUACACGAACACGCGUGCCACCGCUGUAGUACUUAGUACUUCAAGAGGGUCUCAGUCACUGUGGUAGUAUCCAAAGACAGCGCUGUGUAUCUAGAACGAUCUGGUCGGGCUAUGUUUAGAAAGCAUUCGCGCACAGGCGCACAGGAAGCCUCAGCCCAUUCGGAUCUAUCGGAAGCAGAGACAUACAUAUAUAUAUAUAUAUAGAUGCGUUAGCUGCCUUCCUCCACGAAUAAAACUAGCCAUGCCGUGUCAGGGCCUGGAGGCUUGUAGGUUAUGUAGGUUGACCUUAGUGCGGAACAAACAUAGCCUUGAUGUGUUUGGAAGGGUUAUACCACACACUCUCGGGCUCGGCGAACAAGACCUCUUGCACAAAUAGGGGCCGCGCUUCUCCGAUUAAGAAUCGGUUUAUACACAUUAGAGUUGGACUGCUUUGAAGGAGCCAAUAGUCUGAUCAUAGAUCAUUCCGGAAGCAACUGGUGAUGGCAAGUGAGCUUGAAUGGUGACAGAAGAAUGUGUAUUAAAAUAAAUAAAAUCUCUGGACUAUGAAUGGUG